UGGGGGCUUCUUACGUUUAGAGCGCGGCUGCUGCUUCGCUGCCUGGGCCGCGUUCUCCGAACCCCGAUCCCGAGUGCCGAGCUGGCCCCUGUUGUUUUCACAUCUGCGAACCACGUCAGAGGUCUACACAGUUGAAUCAGCUUCCAGCUAUCCCAUGUAAUAGAAGGAGCACAGGAGACUUGGGUCUGUCUAGUCUUGACUCUCUCUAUAUCUAGUGAUGUUGGGAAACAGCCGUAUUAUUCAUUGAUGUGCUUCUGUAAGUGGAAAAGGGGAGAAAACAUAGACGAGAAGAAUGUCCACUCCUAGCUGGAAACCAUUUGUCUACGGAGGUUUGGCCUCGAUCACUGCAGAAUGUGGUACUUUUCCAAUUGAUUUGACCAAGACGCGUCUCCAGAUUCAGGGACAGACAAAUGAUGCCAAAUUCAAAGAAAUUCGAUAUCGAGGCAUGUUACAUGCUCUUUCAAGGAUAUUCAGAGAAGAAGGAUUGAAAGCAUUAUAUUCUGGGAUUGCCCCCGCCAUGUUACGGCAGGCUUCUUAUGGCACAAUAAAGAUAGGUGUUUAUCAGAGCUUGAAGAGAAUAUUUGCUGAUCGACCAGAGGAUGAAACCCUCUUGUUAAAUGUCGUAUGUGGGAUUCUUUCUGGAGUUAUUUCCUCAUCCAUUGCCAAUCCAACAGAUGUUUUGAAAAUAAGAAUGCAGGCGCAAAGCAAUGUGAUCCAAGGAGGAAUGAUAGGGAACUUCAUCAACAUCUACCAGCAAGAGGGAACAAGAGGACUUUGGAAGGGGGUGUCCCUUACUGCCCAGAGAGCCGCCAUUGUUGUUGGAGUGGAAUUACCAGUCUAUGAUAUCACCAAGAAGCAUCUCAUCCUGUCUGGUCUGAUGGGAGAUACUGUCUAUACACACUUUCUAUCAAGCUUCACCUGUGGUUUAGCUGGAGCUCUUGCUUCAAAUCCUAUUGAUGUCGUGAGAACACGUAUGAUGAAUCAGAGAGCCUUACGAGAUGGAACACAUUCUGGUUACAAAAGCACCCUGGAUUGCUUGUUACAGACAUGGAAGCAUGAAGGAUUUUUUGCUUUGUAUAAAGGGUUUUGGCCAAAUUGGUUGAGGCUCGGUCCUUGGAAUAUUAUUUUCUUUGUGACAUAUGAACAAUUAAAAAAAUUGGACUUGUGACAGUGAACAGAUGGCCUCAGACAUCGCUACCACAAGGAUGCUAUUUUCAGCAACAGUAAUGCUUUCUGCUUUUCAGUGCUUGACUCAUCACAAAUCUUGAGGUGCAGGCAACGGAUCAAAAAUGUCCCCGCAAGAGCGUUCAUUUAGAUCCCUCAGAUGCAAUUCACCUGUUACCUGGAAGUACAAAGUUUGCAGUCAGAACAUCUCUUCUUACUAUUUAAGUGCUCUUGGAUACCAAAUGUAUAAAGAACAUAUCUUUGGCUGCCAUUUUGUAGCACUGUGUAGGGGGAAAAGGAGAAUUAAGAUCAGAUUUCUUCUGUGACAGAUGACUGUGAUAUGGCUCAGCUUUUAGCUGGUGGCAAUAUCUUGUACAAUGGUAGGGGAUGGGAUGGACCUAUGAUUUCAUUGGUACAGGUAGCCCCCAGCCAAGGGAUGUUGGUCUAUCAAGGCAGGUCAGCAACUGCUUUGCAACUUGGAGAAUUGAUUUGGAGCAGUGACUUGUCCAAGGUCACAUAACCAGAAUGUCAAAGGCAAGACUUGAACCCAGAUCUUCCCAUUUUCCAGGUGGGCUCUCUAUGCACUGCUACAUACUGUCUCUCAUGCAGCUGCCUCUUAUAUAGGGAAUACUAAAGUGCUCUAAUGCAGAAGCCCUCACUAGCUUCUUAAUGGAGUCCCCAAAAGCUUGGUUCCUGGACUCCUGGUGUCUUUGGCUUGGCAUCAUUGGAAGAGAGAACCCUGUAAGGAGGAGAGACUUCAGAACUGGUUCUGGGUGGUCAGCUUGAGAAUAAUCAGUGGAAACAUUGUAUAGGGAGUUUAUACCUGAAAUUUUUUUUGUGGUUGUUUUUAGAUUCAUUUUUAUCUGAAUGUCUUUUAACUUCACAUUCACAAUGAGGACUUGAUCUAUGUGGCAAAGUGUUACCAAGUGUAGUCGUUGGUACCCACUGUGGUAGCUUCAAAGAAAGUUGCCUUUAAAGGUAACUAUUUCACUGUUUGCAGCGAUGCUGGAUUGAGUGUUCAGAAACGUACACACUGUAAUUGGGCCUUGUCACCAAUUUGCUAUUUAACUUUUUAGGAAAAUCCUAAAAACCUUCCAGUUCUCCUAUUUCCUCAUCUCUAAAAUAGGGAUGGGGUUGCCUACUGAUGUACUGAAUGUCAAAUGAUGUUAUCCAGUCUUCACCCCUGUAAAUCCUUGUGUUGGAGGAGAUGACCAUGUUUCCUGUCUCACUAGGCUGAUGGGGCCACUCUAGGAACAUUGUAGGUUUCUAGAGAUGAGCUGUGUCACAAUAGGGUGCCUUUCCUAGGUUUAACCUAGUCCUUGUUUCUCAGUACUUUCUUCCAGCAGGCUGAAAGGAAUAUAUAGAGUUGCCUGUUUUGUUGUUGGAGAUUUUAGAUUUUAUGAAGCAGAGUUUGAUUAGAAAAAAUAGAAAUUAAACUAGGAUGACCAAAAAAAAAAAGCCAAAAGCACUAAUGUUAGAUGCCAAAAGCCUAAGAUAAAUUAUACAUCUUUUGGUGAUUUCUCUCCAGGUGGCAGUGUAGGAUCGCUCAGCUAAGACCAUCCAGACCUUAGACCACUUGUUAAUGUUACCAGAUCCCAUCUCAGAAUAGUGUAUUUUGUUACUUUGCCAGACAUUCCACCAAUAGUCUAUAGUUAAAUCAACAGAUAAAUUUCUUUUAAAUUCAAAGGAUUUUCUUUCCUGAUUAAUCACUCAAUAAUUUUUUUCUUUUUUGGAUUGCACAAGACACUUUAUUUUUUUUAGAAGGUGUAUAUAGUUUCCAAAACAUUGUAGGCAAGUUUGUUUAUAAAGACCAAUUAUAAAAUGAUGUUGUUAUGAUCAUUCUAUGUAUUUAUCCAUUUUUCUAUUUUCAUACUAUUUGAAUGUAAAGUUCAUGCUAUAAUGUAAUGCUGAAGGGGUUGGGUUAAAUGAGUUCUAAGGCCUUUCUACUCUAAAAUUCAGUGGUUUAAAUAAAAAUACUAAAAAACAAGCCUCAUUUUAAAAUACAUUAAAAACUUUUUAAAAGAA